AGGACAAACAACUCCUUCAUUUCAACCUCCAAUUAAUCCCACACCAGCACAAGCAACAUCCAAUAAGCGUGCUAAACAUGAGUCUUCACAUCAUUGAACUGUCGAUGGAAUAGAUUCACAUGGAGAUGCCAAAAGGCUCAAAUUGAAGACUAGAGAAGCAUUAAGUCUACCUCAGGGAGAAAGUGUUGUGGUGGAGUUUGAUUGCUUGGAUCCGAUUGGCGAAGCACAAGGCCUUCUUGCAGGCGUAUGUGGCUUUUUAGCAACUGACUGUACCAUAUUUCCAAUUAGCUUUGAUAAAUGGUCGGAUAUGCCUAAGUCAUACUUUAACGACUGCUUUAAUAACAUUAUAAAGUCUCAUUUCUGUUUUGUGACCCUUGAGGAAGUUGCACGAGAAUAUGUUUAUCGCUCUAUUGCAAAGAAGUGGGCUGCAAGUAGGCAGAAGUUGUGGGACGAGUUUAAAGACCCACUUAAAACCAAAGAUGAGAUUAUGGAUAAUGUUCCGGUAGGUAUUACUCGGGAUCAAUGGACUUUCUUUGUGAACUACCGUUCUAAAGAAGAAACUCAGGAAAAAAUUAAGCUAGCAGUGAGUGAAAGUACAGUGGAUGAGUCUGAAAUUUCUCCAAAUGAUGCUGCUGGUAAGGUGCUAGGCAAAGAGUAUCCUGGAAGGGUGAGAUGUUUGGGAUUAGGAGCUACUCCAAGCAAUACUUUCAGAGAGACAAAUCUUCGUCCUGGUAAUAUUAGAAUUGUGAGUAAUAAUGUCGGAUGUUCUUCUGGAUGCCAAGAGAAGUACAAUCAAUUGAUGAAUACUCUCAAAGCAUACAUGAUAAUGAAGGAAGGGUCAAUAGCAGAACAAUUUGCUGGGAUAUUUGCUUCUACUCCUACAACGCCGAGAGAUGCAACUAGCGGACCCGUUUCACUGACGGAUGCAAAAAGAUCUUCUAGCGCUAGUAAUCUCUGUGACAGCAAUUGAGAUUCAUUUUAAUUGAAGUGGAUGUAUUAGGAUAAUGUAAUAGCUGACUAAUAUAGAUGAUUAACUAUGUUCUAGUUUAGCUUGAUGACAUAUAAUACUACUUUGACAGUAUUUUUCAUGGUUAAUGAAAUGUUGAUGUUUCUUAA